GCAUCCCAGCCCUCGCCAUGAACGUCCUUCUGCUGGCCGCUCUCUGCGCCCUGGCCGCGCUCGGCCUCGCCCGGCCAGAGGUCGAGCACGCCCGGAGGGCCGACGGGCCGCCCAAGUCGGGAGCUUUUGUCUCCAAGCGAGAGGGGGCUGAAAUCGUGAAGCGACAGAAGAGGAACUACAACAGUGGCUACGGGGCUGCCCCCCAAGCGGCCGUGAACCCCCUUGAGGCCCAGCGGGAGGUCUGUGAGCUCAGCCCCGCCUGCGAUGAGUUGGCCGACCACAUCGGCUUCCAGGAGGCUUAUCGGCAGUUCUACGGGCCCGUCUAGCUCGCCAGCGUUUCUGCAGCCCCCCCCCCCCCCCCCCCCAGGACUGGGGCAAAGGACCCCCCUCCCCUUCCUUCCCCUCCAAUCGAAGCUGCUUGUAACUUUGCUCUCUCUGUACGACGCUUGGGGAAAUGUGUAGUUUUAUAUUCUAGAAAAA